AUGAACGAUUAUUUUAAUACUUGUAUCAGUCAAUUAACUUCUGAUGUCAUUAUGUUAAAAGCUAAGCUAUUAGAGAUGCAGAAGAUGAAGAAUUCUCGGGAGGAAAAUUAUAGAGAAGUUAUUCAACAGUAUCACUCUACAGUUGUAAAACAGUGUAGUGCGUUAAAGGACGAACUAGAUGAAGUUCGAGUAAUGAAUGAGAGCUUUGAUAAUAGAGUGGUUACAAUAGAUGUGAAAUUGGCAGAAAUCAUCCAUGGUAAGGAUGAGCAAGCUAAACAAAUAGAAAAACAAUGCAUGGAAAAAAUGAAUGCAUUACGUGAUCAGUUUGAAAAAUUUAUACUUGAAAGGAAUAAAGAAUUAGAGAUGAAACAAACACUUCUUGAGAAGAAAGACUUUCAACUGUCACAGAAAGAUGCUGGAAGAAAAGAAGAUAUGGAAUUAUUGACGAAUAAAAUUUAUGAAUUGGAAAUGAAACUGGAAAUGAAGAAUAAUGACGAAGAAAAACUACAGGCUACAUUAAUUGAGCAGUAUAGAAACAUGAAGGAAGAAUUCAGUAAAUUAAAAAGUGAUGUAGAUUAUGAGAUACAGCAGCAAAAUGAGAAUCUGAUGUCCAAAGUUUCUGAAUUGAACAAAACUGUUUUAAAGCUUGAAAAAUCAAAACAGAAACUUGGUUACGAUUAUGAGAAGAAAAUGUUGCAUAUAAUUCAGAAUAAGGACUCGAAAAUAAAAAGUUUGCAACUUCAACUGCAAGAACAAAAGAAUGAACUUUGUAGGUCUCUAACUACAAAACAACAAAGUGAAGUGGAUAACAUUGUUACACUUCUAGAGAAGAGAUACAGGACACUGCUGGCAGAAACAGAAGCAACAACAGAAUGUCAGACUCAGGAAUAUCUCAAGAAAAUUGCAGCACUAGAAGACCUAGUACUUAGCAUGCAGAAGCAUUAA